AUGGUACUGGACAACGACUGCGUGCCGCUGCAGCGCUCUUGGUGCUUGUUCGAGCUCCUCCAGACGCGUUACGUGGCGCCAAAGCUCAAGAGCGGCUACGAGGCGACCGGCGGCGCCGUGAACCGGUCGAAGGGGUUGCUGCUCUGCACACCCAACGGGGUGCUCCAGUGGGGCAAUGCCCAUGUGGACACCGUGGUGCGCUUGGCCGAGAAGGUCGGCGAGAUUCGCUCCUCGGCUUUGGAAGGUCGGGCGAGGUCGGGCGAGCCGGCGCCGUGGGGGGUGGGAGAUGGUGGCACGGUGGCACCAAUUGAUUGA